AUGAAGAGGUUAGGUGAUUCACUUAUGGUUAAUGAUGAAGUAAACACAGCCUUUGUCAAUUGUGAUGAUGCAGUGAGAAUAGGAUAUGAAAUGCAGAAGGAUCUUGAUGAUGAGUCACCUGUUACAAUCAUGAAGACAUCGAAGAAAUGCAAAAAUCUAGCUGACCUCCAGAAGAAAGUAAAGGCCGUUAACGAACAUUAUUGGUUGCGUUACCUUCACAAUGAAUUGGUUAAUGUAUAUACACAUGGUUUGCCUUUGCUGUAUUUCCUGAUAUUUCCCACAAUUAGGCUACAAUGGAAUGUGAUGAAGGUGACGUCACUUGCAAUUAUGCACUAUUUAUCAUUAUUAUCACUUUUGUUUGGCAGUGUUAUUUAUCAUUUGUUUAUGAGCCAUGCUGGUGGCGCUGUUGUUUACAAGAAACUAUUACGGUUGGACAUGUGCGGAAGUUGGACAGCGAAUACAUUCGGUGUACUGUCUACUUUUGCCGCUCCCUUCCAAGACACCAUGGUUUUAAGCUGGCUCGUUCCAAUAGUUUACCUAAUGCUUUCAACGUUUUCUAUUCACAAAGCCGUGACAUCUAAAUGUCAGAGUGAUCGUGUACUAGCAUUUCUUUCACCAGUAAUUUACAGGUGGACUGUGGUAGUAUUGAGAGUAUUUGGUAAAAUAGGUGGCAAUCCAUUUGCCAACUACUAUCUUGUCUGGAUGGAGGUUCUUGCCGCUGCGGGCGCUAUAAUAAACGUAUGUCGCAUUCCCGAACGCUGGUUACCAGGCCGUUUUGAUUACGUAAUGAACAGUCAUCAAAUAAUGCAUAUAUUGUCAAUUCAUUGCAUUGAUGAAUUCACAAUGGGGUGCCGUGGAAGACUUAGCUUGGAUGAGCAGAACAGUGUCGUGACGAAGAUUGUGCUCAAUCAUCUUAAACCACAUAGUUACCCCGUUCAACGACUAGAAAGUGGGAAUGGGUUAGAUCACACAUCGGGGAGGUUACAAGUAAACCUGGCACCAAAACGAAUGCAGUAG